AUGAGUUAUACGCACGUUGGGACCAAACCAUACAUAUCUCCGCUUUUGGGACUUCCUUGCGAACUGCUCGUGCAUACGGCAUCGUAUCUCCCCCCGGACGAUUUAUUCAGCCUCCGUUUGACAUGUCGUCGGGCCGAGAUCUUCUUAUUCGACUCCUUUUCGGAAGAGUUCUUUUCUAAUAGACGGUUUAUGGUUACUGAGUGCCUAGGAUGUCUCGUCAACAUAUCAAAACACCCGAAUCUAUCAAGAUGUCUAUCGACGCUCACAAUCGGACUUGAUCGAGUAUAUAGCAGUGCCGCUUUUUCAUAUUUCGGAAGUCUAAACCGGAAUAAUGUGAUUCGCAACAAUAUACCUGCUAGGGGGAAGGUCGAAGGCGAAAAACUGGAAGAGCUUGCGGUGGAGCAAAACUGGCUGGUUAGCAGUGGGCGGCUACAAGUAUUGCUUGGCGAAGCUCUGCGUCGAUUGCCGAAUAUGGUCGAACUGAUCAUAAGAGAUGUGAAUGUCCCGAAUGAUUCCCGUCGACCUGGAUCAAAUGAGCUAGCCGUAAGCUACGGUACCGUCCAAAUUCUCCGGCAGACGGGAGUUGACUUCGCUGCCCACGAGUCGCAUCUUCUCUCACAAGACCAGUUCCCAGAUAUGAUUUUCGCAGCUUCCCUGUUGGCUGUAGCGAGGACCUGCAAACGACUGAAAGCCAUCACCGUGGAUAUCCGAAAGAAGGACAUGGGUCUAUCCAGCUCAGCUUUCGCGGUCCCGGGGUCCCUCGCUGAACCCCUUAGGUACUCGUUGCAAGAGCUCCGCUCCCUCGACCUCUCCGUAAGCUUUACUUACGUAUCACUUGGGAGUUUCACGACCGGCUCCCUGGGGUUCCUUCCCUGGCAACCCCAUUACCUGUUCAAGCUGCUCGAGCAUACGCCAAACCUGGUUCGUCUUCGGGUGGGAUCGAAGGGUGCUAGUUUUCUGAGAGAUGGGAUAAUAGGCUGGCUUGCUCAGUUGGUGGACUUGUCAAUGGGAAAGAAGGUUCAGGGUUUGCCUGUGCAUGGCAUCCUGAACACGAGCCUCGACCAUCUCGCACAGGCUCAGAGGUUUCAAAUGCUUCAGAGUCUGGAGUUGGAAAAUAUGACCGCACCCGCGUCGUCGCUUUCCAAAGUUCUACUCCACCUCACCGGUUCCCUUAGAAAACUGUGCUUGUGCAUGGUGGGAGUGUCCGUUGUCCCAGGUGACGACGAACUUGACAAUAACCCUCGGAGCCCGAAUGCAUGGUCUUCCAUCUUCCGGGACGUUUCGAAAUCCAUCAGUUUGGAGGAUAUACAUGUCAGCUCUCUCGGUCAUCAUACCCCGGAGUGCUCGACGAAGGAUAAUAACCGACACCAAGUUACAUUUUUGAAAUCGGAAACUGGUGUUCAGUCCGGGCCGGAUAACGGGCUACUCGACAGCUGGUCAUAUUCGGGUAGCGUUCCGGUGAUGAAAAGGUUCCUGCAGGAGGUGGCGGAGAAGACUGUUGUCCUCUGCACGAGUUGCAAACAGAGGAAUUCUGGUUAUCGGACGUGCGAGGAUAUUUUAGAGGGGAAUUUAGAUUGA